AGAGAGAGAGAGAGAGAGAGAGAGAGAGAGAGAGAAAACUUCUUUCUUUCUCCCUCCGUGUGUGUAUCUUCAGCCCGACACUGUCACCUCCUGUGUGUGGAGGGGUCAGAAGAAGCUGAGCCCUCCCUCCCGGCAGAGCUGGAAAUGGUGAUGAAUCUUUUUUAAUCCGGGGACAGUUCCUUUUCACUGCACGCUGACUAUGGACACAGAGGCUGUGGAUGGCUAUAUAACGUGUGACAAUGAGCUUUCGCCUGAGAGGGAGCACUCCAACAUGGCCAUUGACCUCACCUCAAGCACACCCAAUGGACAGCAUGCCUCCCCGGGUCACAUGACAAGCACAAACUCAGUAAAGCUAGAGAUGCAGAGUGACGAAGAGUGUGACCGGAAACCCCUGAGCCGCGAAGACGAGAUCAGGGGCCACGAUGAGGGGAGCAGCCUCGAAGAGCCCCUGAUCGAGAGCAGUGAGGUGGCCGACAACAGGAAAGGCCCGGAGCUCCAAGGCGAGGGAGGAAUCCGGCUUCCGAAUGGUAAACUGAAAUGUGACGUCUGUGGCAUGGUUUGCAUUGGGCCCAAUGUGCUUAUGGUACAUAAAAGGAGUCACACUGGUGAGCGGCCCUUCCACUGUAACCAGUGUGGCGCCUCUUUCACUCAGAAGGGCAAUCUUCUGAGACACAUAAAGCUGCACUCGGGAGAGAAGCCGUUCAAAUGUCCCUUCUGUAGCUAUGCGUGCAGGAGGAGGGACGCCCUCACAGGACACCUCAGGACCCACUCCGUGGGUAAACCUCACAAGUGCAACUACUGUGGACGAAGCUACAAGCAGCGCAGUUCGCUGGAGGAGCACAAGGAACGCUGCCACAACUAUCUCCAGAACGUCAGCAUGGAGGCCAUGGGCCAGGUCAUGAGUCACCACGUACCUCCUAUAGAAGAUUGUAAGGAACAAGAGCCUAUUAUGGACAACAAUAUUUCUCUGGUGCCUUUUGAGAGACCUGCUGUCAUAGAGAAGCUCACGGGGAACAUGGGAAAACGUAAAAGCUCCACUCCACAAAAGUUUGUGGGGGAAAAGCUCAUGCGGUUCAGCUACCCAGACAUUCACUUUGAUAUGAACUUAACGUAUGAGAAGGAGGCUGAGCUGAUGCAGUCUCACAUGAUGGACCAAGCCAUCAACAAUGCAAUCACCUACCUUGGAGCUGAGGCCCUUCACCCGCUGAUGCAGCACCCGCCAAGCACAAUCGCUGAGGUGGCCCCCGUGAUGAGCUCAGCGUAUUCUCAGGUCUAUCAUCCCAACAGGAUAGAGAGACCCAUCAGCAGGGAAACCUCCGACAGUCACGAGAACAACAUGGAUGGCCCCAUCUCUCUCAUCAGACCAAAGAGUCGACCCCAGGAAAGAGAGGCCUCCCCCAGCAAUAGCUGCCUGGAUUCUACUGACUCGGAAAGCAGCCACGAUGACCACCAGUCCUACCCAGGAAACCCUGCCUUAAAUCCCAAGAGGAAGCAAAGCCCAGCCUACAUGAAGGAGGAUGUCAAGGCUUUGGACGCCACCAAGGCCCCCAAGGGCUCCCUGAAGGACAUCUACAAGGUCUUCAACGGCGAAGGAGAACAGAUCAGGGCCUUCAAGUGCGAGCACUGCCGCGUCCUUUUCCUAGACCAUGUCAUGUACACCAUUCACAUGGGUUGCCAUGGCUACCGGGACCCACUGGAAUGCAACAUCUGUGGCUACAGGAGCCAGGACCGUUAUGAGUUCUCAUCACACAUCGUGCGAGGGGAGCACACAUUCCACUAGGCCUUUCCAUUCCAAAGGGGACCCCUAUGAAGUAAUAGACUGCACAUGAAGAAUUACUGCACUUACAGCCCCGCCUUCCCCAAGAUGUUGACAUACCUAUUUUUUUUUUAAUAUUAUUACUGUCAUUAAUUCUUUAUUCUGUGGACGCAGUGUCUUUGCUCUGCCUAAUUACAAUUAGGAAGACACAGAAGGGACAGGGACAGGGGAUCAUGAUUACUUGGCUUGUUUUGUGGGGGUUUUUAAGAGCAGUUCUUUUCUGCCAUGCGUAGAUAUAUACGGCAUAUCGUGCUUUGGGGGGGAAAAAUCGAUUGAUUCCUUAUAGAUUCACCUAAGAGAUUCUGAUUUGCCACUGAUGUUCAGGAUUGUGUUUGAAGGCAGGAAAGGUUAGUAUUCUGGGUGGGACACUCGCAGUUUAAAAUGGUAUAAGUAAUUUAACGCUUCAAAGAAAAUUUUGUUUUAAAUUGUGAACUGCUUGGUUUUUCCUCUAGAUCAUGUAUCAGAAACACAUUGUUGCUUUCGGUAAAAACUCCUUGGAUGGGUUGUUGUUGAGGGUUCUAUGUUUACUUCCCCUAUGGAGCUUAUCACACAGGAUGGCACAUUGUACCUUAGAGCAAAGCUUUUCAGCUACAGGUAGUCAGGGACACCUCCAGUUCAUCCGAGGUCCUGGGAUCUUAUUUUUCUAAACUAAGCACUGUUUUUUCCAUAGUUUUGAUGACUGGCAUUUUAUAGACACCCUGGCAGCCUUACUUUUAACACCUUUAAUGAAUAGUAUUUUUAUCUAGUUUUCAGAAUAACAUAUGGUCUAAGAGUGGCUACGAGGCAGUCUGAAGUUUCCAGAAGGGGCCUCUACUUUUUCGUAAACUUGUUUGGGGAGUUUUCUUUUAACGUUGCAAUGUGAUGGCCGCAUAGUAUACAGAUUUGCUUCUGAAAGAGUGCUUACCAGUGUCACUUUAUCAGCACUUCAUCAGUGUUAACCAGUCAGCAGAAAAAUAUAAUUAGGCUAACAGUAGGGGGAAAAAACCCACUCAGAAAUCCCUUUUCUGGUGUUUUUCUCUUUUCACUUGUGUUUUUCAAGCUGUGACCACCCAGUGUUCUGUCCAUAGUCUAUUCAUCUUCUCUUCCAGCGGCAGAUCUUACAGACCUUGCCACAGGCUGUGUCUUUCAAAUUCUCCCUGGAGCAAUUCCCUAUUCAAUCUGAAUGUGGAACUUGCACCCCAAAGGUUACGGAAUUAGGGCUAUUUAUUCUAGUAUUUCUUCACUAAUAACAUCUACCACUUUCGGUGCAAGGAAAGGGAACUUCCGUGUCCCUUAUAUUUGGACGAUAUGGGCCAAACAGACAGAAAGCUUGUUUUCACAAACAAAAAUGCUUUAUUUAAUCUCAGAGUAUAGAAUGGGACUGCACCUCCAAGGGAAAGUGACUGUGUCCAGCACUUUUUUGGUCUCAAAAACUUUCAACUUUGCGUUAAGUCCUUGUUCAGAAAUGCAUCUCAAUUUCUUAGUACAGACUUUCUCUUCCCUUAGUCAUACAUGUUACCAUAGUCCACAUGCAGACUUCAGCUUCACGUGUGCAGGUGCUCUGUGUGUUCUUUGCAGUCCUGCAGCAUUCGAGGGAAGCAUCCUGGAGAGGGUGAGUCAGGCCACGUGGGGGACACCCUCGGAGGCAGAACUGGCUGCUGAUGUCCAGAGAGGGCUCGCCUGCUGGUGAAGGGAUUGUCCGAGAACCAUUGCGGAUGCUGACGUUCUGUUAGCAGUCCCUGAUUGCUGCUCUAAAAACUAUCAUUAAAUGCGAUGCAGAAACGAUGUUUCUUAGCACAGAAUGAUGUGAGAAUUAGCGAGACUAGAGAGCGAUGGACAGAUAAGCACCUCUGGACUCGAUACAGCUCUUUGCUCGUUUGCUGGCUUGCCAUUUGCUUAUUUAAGCAGCUUCUCAGCACUGGCAGCCAGGGCCGAGCAGCAUGGUUCCCCCUGGGCCCUCCUCUGCUAGCCCCCGCUGUGGUUAUUCGAGGAGAGACGUCCAAACCGCUUCCUUCGAUCUAAGAGGAUCACCAAAACAGAGGCGUGAAAUGUUUUCAAUAGAAUGUCAACUGUCUUUUUUUCCCCCCCUCUUGCAUGCUUUGGUACAUUGGUGCAUUAAUACACGCUCAAAGCUAGUCUUUGAGACCCUCCACCCUCCACCCUAUCCAAUCAUAAGUGAUUGACAUUUUAUUUUUGCCUUUCCGUGGUAGGUAAAUCAUUUAAAUUAGUGAUUUUGUGUUUCACCGCAAUUUAAAGAAACAUUUGGAUGGCAGUCAGUAUGUUCAUAACUUUGGCUGUGUGUGAGUUUCUGCUGGCAUUGUCUCAAUUUUCUUACUGCUUUCGAUUAAAAAAAAAAAUGUGUAAGCAAUUAUGUACCUGUUCUGGGAUGAAACUGAAUUUAGGAGAUCUAAAGAGUUGUAUAGUGCUCCACUGAAGACAAGACUCUUGCGCUCUCCUUUUCUAAUUUUAUCUUUUUAGGGAUCUAUUUUAUCAAAGGGACUAGGUAUUUAUGCAAGUGCAUUUGCUGCAAGUGUGUGCUUGUCCUUUCCCAGCCUCAUGAUGUGAGGAACAGAAAGAGGUAAAGAUGGCUCAGGUGUGGCCGGGACAAAUGAGGACAAGGUCGAUUCCAGUGUGUAGGUGAGGAAGAAUUCCCGCGGACACAGUGCUUCCUGGGAGAUCUGGACUGCUCUAUUUGCAUUCUUCUUCUUCACUAAGGGAAAUAAGCAAGGUGGUGGCAUCUAAAAAUAAGUAUGGGGGUCAGACACCAAAUAAAUCAUGUUUUAUAGAACAGUUUUCUGCCCAGUUUAUUCAGCUGAGAUUUUACAAUCAGAGUAUUUAAGGGACAUGAAAAUGGGUUAGUUUCUGUGUUUUCCAUGUUGGCAAAAAUUCAGAAAUUUAUCAUGUUGCAUUGCCCUAAUUUUGCCCAGAAUUUUCCCUCCAGCCUCUUGCUGGAGAAACCUGCAUCCUCUCUCCAUUGGUGGUCAAUCACUCAAAAAGCCAUUCUAACCUGACUUUUUACAACAGUGCAAGUGACCAGUCAGCAAUUGGAAGCAACUCUGAGUUGCUAAAACAUUCCAUUGAGAAUAUUCUGGGCUACAAAAUGGGAGAAUAGAGACCAGGAUUUAGAUUUAGCCACAAAGUGGAGAGUUUCUCCUACAUACCUACAAUACAAGCAAUUAGGUAUCACACAGACACUCUUUCAAAGAAAAUUUAUGAAAAAAAGCAAUUAGAGGGGUCGGCUGUGUUGCAAGAGCUUAUAGAGAGCUGACUACUGUCAAUGCCUGAGCUUUCUUCUUACCAGAUCUAUUAAGAAAUAUUAAAGAAGUUACUAGUAUGUCUCUAGGACUAUUUGGCAACUAUUGAAAGUUGGGUCUUUACUAUCUACUUCAGAAGAAAUCAAAACAGUAAAAAAAAAAAAAAAAAAAAAAAAAAGUAGAGAUUUAAAGCUAAUUUUAUAUCAUCUCCAAAGGGAAGGAAACAAAUUACUUUUGGAUAGGAAGAUA